AUGUCCAGUAAUCCUAGUUCAAGUUAUUUUGAUUAUUUAAACAAAAACGAUAAUGAAAAUUACUUCUUAGAUGGUGUUAUAGACGUUAAGAAAAUUAGAGAAAAAACUAAUUUUACUAUUUCAGAAACUCAAAAUUUUAUCGCUAAGUCUUUUUUAUCAAAACUCUUUGAUAGAGAAAACAUUAUUAAAUACGGUAAAAUGAUAGGAGAAGUAGCAGUCCCUAUUGAUCAAACUAAGGGCGAUUUUCUAAUCCAAGUAAUAAACAAAGAACAAAUUAGAAAAAGAUUAGACAAACUUAGAUCAGAAGAACGAAAUAAAAUAGCUUAUAUUCAUAUUAGUACAAUUCAAAUUAUACUAAAAUCAACCAUGAAAAUAGGAAUUGACGCACCAAUGGAAUUAGAAAUUCGUGAUGAUAGACUCAUUAAUGAAGAAGAGAGUAUUAUUGCCAAAGGAACGGGAAAUUUAGGAGUAGGAAUAAUUAAAUUUGAUAUUAACUUACAACAAGGAUUGAGUCUGGCAGAUGGUAACCUUGACUCUUCUAUCAUUAUAAAAUACGAAUUAAAAAGAGAAAAUUUUAUAACUUAUCAAAUAAACUAUGCAUUAACAAAUAGUCACCACAGCUUAACCUUCAAAAAUAAAGAAGUAAUUACUAUAGAAGAUUUAUUUAAACCUUUAAUUCAACUAGAAGCACCACUAAAGACUGUUAAAAUAGAACCUAGUCGACCAUCGAUAACCCAAGAUAAAAAAUGA